AUGUCUAGCAUCUCCAGAACCGCCAACCUCCUCUUCCGCGCUAGCAGGGCCUCCCUGCUGCGCCCUCGCGCUGUCAACCCUGUGCAGCAUGUUUUGGGUAAAGACAGACUGGCUGCCCGUGGUACCAUUGGUCACGUCGAUCACGGCAAGACCACCUUGACUGCCGCUAUCACCAAGCACCAGGCUUCCAAGGGCCUCGCUCAGUUCCUCGAGUAUGGUGCUAUUGAUAAGGCCCCUGAGGAGCGUAAGCGUGGUAUCACCAUCUCGACUGCUCACAUUGAGUUCUCCACCGAGGACAGGCACUAUGCCCACGUCGACUGCCCCGGUCACGCCGAUUACAUCAAGAACAUGAUCACUGGUGCUGCUAACAUGGACGGUGCUAUUGUUGUCGUUGCUGCUUCGGAUGGUCAGAUGCCCCAGACCCGGGAGCACUUGCUGCUUGCCCGUCAGGUCGGUGUCCAGAAGAUCGUCGUUUUCGUCAACAAGAUUGAUGCCGUUGAGGACCCUGAGAUGUUGGAGCUUGUCGAGUUGGAAAUGCGCGAGCUCCUUAGCAGCUACGGCUUCGAGGGCGAAGAGACUCCCAUCAUCUUCGGUUCUGCUCUGUGUGCUUUGGAGGACCGUCGCCCCGACAUUGGUGCCGAGCGUAUCGACGAGCUCAUGAAGGCUGUUGACACCUGGAUCCCUACCCCUCAGCGUGAUCUUGACAAGCCUUUCCUCAUGUCUGUCGAGGAAGUCUUCUCCAUCGCCGGUCGUGGUACCGUUGCCUCCGGCCGUGUCGAACGUGGUAUCCUGAAGAAGGACAGCGAAGUCGAGAUCAUCGGAGGUAGCUUCGAUGCUACCAAGACCAAGGUCACCGACAUUGAGACCUUUAAGAAGUCUUGUGACGAGUCUCGCGCUGGUGACAACUCUGGCUUGCUUCUCCGUGGUAUCCGUCGUGAAGACGUCCGCCGCGGAAUGAUCAUUGCUGCUCCUGGCAGCACCAAGGCCCACGACCAGUUCUUGGUGUCCAUGUACGUUCUCACUGAGGCUGAGGGUGGUCGUCGUACUGGCUUCGGCUCCAACUACCGCCCCCAGGUGUUCGUUCGCACUGCUGAUGAGGCUGCUGACCUCAGCUUCCCCGACGGUGAUGAGUCCCGGAGGGUGAUGCCUGGUGACAACGUCGAGAUGGUCCUCAAGACUCACCGCCCCAUUGCUGCUGAGGCUGGCCAGCGCUUCAACAUCCGUGAGGGUGGCCGUACUGUUGCCACUGGUCUCGUUACCCGUGUCAUGGACGGAAAAUAA